AUGAUGGAUUCAGUUGCUAAUUAUGGCAAGAGAUUGAAACUCCCUACUUAUCAUGAAACAAGGGUGACUUUCUUGAAAAAAGAGGUAGAAAAUAUGCACUUCACAUUGGAUAGGUAUAAAAAUGAGUGGAAAAAAACAGGUUGCACUUUAAUGUCAGAUGGAUGGACGGAUAAUAGAGAGAGGUCUAUCACAAACUUCCUUGUCAAUAGUCAAAAGGGAACAACUUUUCUUAAAUCUAUUGACACCUCCGAUAUUUCCAAGAACGUUGAAAAUUUAUUUCAAUUGCUUGAUUCUUUGGUGCAAGAAAUUGGAGAGAAGAAUGUGGUACAAGUAGUGACAGAUAGUGCUUUGGCUUAUGUUUCAGCUGGUGAAAAAUUAAUGGAAAAAAAACGUAAGAUCUUUUGGAAUCCUUGUGUUGCCCACUGUAUUGAUUUGAUGCUUCAUGACAUAGGUGACUUGCCUGUGCAUGCAAAUACUAUAAAAAAAGCAAAGAAGAUCACUUUUUUUAUUUACCGUCAUAUUUGGGUGCUUGAUUUGAUGAGAAAAUAUACAAAAGGGAGGGAAUUGGCAAGACAAGGUGUCACAAGAUUUGCCACUGCCUACUUCACUUUGAAGAGUAUAUAUCAACAAAAGAUUGGAUUAAGGUCUAUGUUUGCAUCUGAGGAAUGGGCUAAGAGUCCCUAUGCAAAGAAAAGUGAUGACAUUAAUGUCCAAUUAAUUGCCUUGAGUGAUCCAAAGUUUUGGCCUGCUAUUAAAUUUUGCUUGAAAUGUGUGAUCCCUUUAGUAAAAGUUUUAAGGCUUGUAGAUGGUGAUGCAAAACCAGCAAUGGGCUACAUAUAUGAAGCUAUGGAUAGAGCAAAAGAGCAAAUCCGGAAAAAAUUGAAUGAUGUGCAAAGGAGAUAUAGACCUAUAUUGAGAAUUAUUGAAACUAGAUGGGAGCUUCAGCUUCAUAGGCCUUUACAUGCAGCAGCUUAUUUUCUCAAUCCUAAGUUUCAUUAUGAUCCCAACUUUGUUGCAAAUGAAGAAGUGAGAGUUGGACUUUAUGAAGUGAUUGAAAGGAUGUGUCCUACAACUUUGGAGAGGUGUAGGAUUGAUCUACAAUUGGAGAAAUUUGAUAAAGCUGAGGGUUUGUUUGGAAAAGAAAUGGCUAUACUUACAAGAACAAAGAAGCAGCCAGCAUUGUGGUGGGAAAGUUAUGGAGUACAUUGCAAAGAGUUUCAAAACUUAGCUAUAUGUGUCUUAAGCCUAACUUGUAGUGCAACGGGAUGUGAAAGAAAUUGGAGUACUUUUGAUCAUGUACACACUAAAAAAAGAAAUUGUCUUGAGCAACAAAGAGUGAAUGCUUUGGUGUUUGUAAACUAUAAUAUUAAUUUGGAGUUGAGACAAAUAAAGAGAGAAAAGAAUGGUGACUCAUAUGAUCCAAUUUGUCUAUCGGAUAUGGAAUCUGAUGAUGAAUGGAUUACCGAAAAGGAAGAACCUUGCUUGCCAGAAGAUACUUCAUGGAUGGACAUUCAUGAAUGCUUUGAAGUUAAUGAGGAAGGAUGUAGUAGAAAAAGAAAGAGAGGUCCAAGAAAUUUGAAUGCCAAAAAAAAAAGUAAAGAAAAAGUUAUUGAAGUUGAAGAAUCAGAAGAGAUAGUGGAUGUUGGAGAUGAUGAAGAAGAUGUACAAAAAGAUGCCAAUGAGGAAAUGAUUUUGCAAGAUGAUGAAGAUGAUAACUUCAUUGACUUGGACUAUGGAGAUGAUUUUGAUUAG